AUGUUCGGCCUACAAUACUGGAUGGUUCCGCUCGUCGCGGGUAUCAUAUGGCUUGCGAUGCUUCUUGCAAUGCUGCUUACAUGGAUCGUCGCUGAUGGGAGCCCUCGCUAUGCCUCUAUGGAGCCCAAUCAGACUAUCGCCUAUAUCUCGGAUGUUGGAGCUCAAGAGCUCAAGCCCUUGUUCAUUGCCAUGGGCGCCGCGUCCGUGGUAACGUUCGAUCUCGUCUUCAUCAUCGAGCGCUGGCUGCGCCAUCGUGGACGUCUUCACCCAAACACUUCGUGGUGGCAGAAGAGCUGGUCUAUCAUCGCGAUCAUCGGUGCGAUUGUCGGUGCAGCAGGCCUCAUUCUUCUGUCUAUUUUCGACACUCUCAGACACCCUAAACUACACGAUGUCUUCUUGGCAGUCUUCAUCGGCGGCUACAUCGUAUCUGCCAUCUUCGUCUGCAUCGAGUACCAGCGCCUUGGUGUCUACCACCGCAAGAGCAAACUCCUCCGUGGAUCCUUCUAUAUGAAGCUUGCCUUCAUCUUCGUUGAGCUUGCCUUGGCUAUCGCCUUCGGCGUCCUGGGUCAGAACCACCAUCGCAACACCGCCGCCAUCCUUGAGUGGGUCAUUGCGCUUGUCUACGCCUGCUACGUCUGGUCCUUCGCCAUCGACUUCAUCCCUGCGCUUCGCACCAAGCACCACCACAGCAAGGAGAGCGCUAUUGCGAUGGCCGAAGCAGGAAACAACUCGGGCAGCGAUACCGGCUUGUAUCCAGACCACUACGUCGGCCCGGCCCCUGGCGCCCCUGGUCCUAAUGUGUAUCCCAAUGCACACUCCAACGCCAGUGCCACUAGGCACUACGCCAACGGCGCCCCCACCAACUACGCCAGCAACCAUCCCAGUCACCCUGGCAUUCACGGUGGCACGUACUAUCCCGACGGCCACCCCGAGAACGUGAAACCCGGGAACCAGGCCUAUUUUUAA